AUGAGCUCGCAGGAUGAGCGGUUCCCAGCAGCAGCCCCCGAGCCUGCGGGCGCCUCCGCCGACGAGGGCAUGACCUGGUGGUACAGGUGGCUCUGCAGGAUUGCUGGGGUCAUCGGGGGCAUGUCCUGUGCCUUUGCUGGUCUCUGGAAUUGUGUCACCAUCAACCCCCUGAACAUCGCAGCCGGCGUGUGGAUGAUGCUCAACGCCUUCAUCCUGUUCCUGUGUGAGGCCCCUUUCUGCUGCCAGUUCAUCGAGUUCGCCAACGCCGUGUCCGCCAGGGCUGACGGGCUGCGAGCCUGGCAGAAAGCAGCUUUCUACUGCGGGAUGGCCGUGUUCCCUGUGAUGCUCAGCCUGACGCUGACCACGCUCUUCGGCAACGCCAUCGCCUUCGCCACCGGCGUGCUCUACGGUCUCUCGGCUCUUGGGAAGAAGGGAGAUGCCAUUUCCUAUGCCCGGAUCCACCAGCAGCAGAAGCAGAUGGAUGAAGAGAAGCUCACGGGGACCCUGGAGGGACAGGCUCUCUGAAGGACACGGGGUAGCAUCUCCUGGACACUGGACUGGUGAAGACGUGCAAGUCCACUCUGCCCUUCCCUCUGUCCUCUCUGCUCCCUGCUACACCACGAUUUCCCUGGAUGCUGCAGCAACUGGAAAUCUCAGGGGCUGGGGCAGGCUGUGUCCUCUCCUCACACCAGCAGCCAGACCUCAGCACAUCACUCCUUUGCUCCUCAACCCUCAACCCAGCUGUUUGGGUUUUUUUUUCUCUUUUUGCUGCAGAGGUGCUGGCUCUCUGAAUGCUGCUUUCCCAGCCUUUUUUUUUAAUUUGUUUUUUUUUGGAGUGCCCUUUUGAGCACUGCCCUCUGGAUGGGUGAGGAGGGACAGAGGAGCUGCCACCAGUGCAGGUUCCACGUGUUUAGGGGCGCUCCCUGGGAUGGCCCUUCCCAAGUACAACAUCUAACCCAGGCUUUACAAAUCCCCUGGUGCUUAAGCCUGGCCUUCUUCCACUACUUUAAUUACGGGCCCAGGCACUGGAGGCAUUGCUGCACAGGAAAGGAGUUCCAGCAAAAACCCAUCUAAAGAUAAAAUCCAUCUCUGCAGGGGAGCUGCCAAAGCUGCUGGGCAGAUCCUGAGACCUUCACAGCACAGUCCCUGCUUCCUCUGGAUGCAGCUGCAGGCAGUUACUGUGAUUUACUUGAAUUAUAAGAAUUAAUUACUUUGUCUUAAUAAGGGCACUUUUCUUAAGCUUCACUCUUUCACUGGGGCAGAAGGGAAACAAUAUUUGCUGUACCUCAGCUGAAAAGGAUGUUGUUUCUUGAGCCAAGUGGGACUUUUUGCUGGUGUGAGGGUCACUGAUGUGCAAGAGCAUUCCUACCUUGUGAGCCUGGGACUCUGCUCUGUUACCUCCCUGCAUCCCUCUGUGAAGGGAACUGCUCUUUGCUUUCCUGGUACAGCCUUUGUCUUUGGGAUUGUGUUUUUUUGUUUUUUGUUUUUUUUUUUUUGCAUCAAUCCUGAGCUGGCUUUGUAUGGGAAGGUGGCACAUCCUCCCUGUGCAAACAGAGAGGAGGCUGCAACAUUUCAGUGUGGACAGCUGGGAUGUUUUACAUUGCUAUUACAGGCUCUUUCUGUGGUUUUCACAUUGUAUUUUCUGUUUGCUUUGUACCAUGCAGUACAAAACCGCUCACUAAGUCUGGAUCCCCCUCUUCUCAUCACAGUUUGUCCUGGGGAUUUUAAUUUAUUUGAUUUUUAUAUGGUUACUUUUUGUCUUGAUUAGGAAAAAGGGGAAUAAUUUAUUUCUAGUUAUUUAGGUAUUUUGAUGGGACUAAUUUUUUGGGAUGGGAUAUAGGAGAAAGGAGCUCUCUGUUUCCUGUCCUGCACAGGGCUUCCUCAUUUCACCAGGGGUCUCUGAACCCAGGGACAGCCCUGGCUACUGCAAAAUCCAAUUUCAGCCUUCAGAGUGUUUCUCAGACUCUUCAAAACAAGUGUGUUGUCCUUUGACCCCUUUGUCUUGCUAUGGGCCACAAACUUGGCAAACUGUGCUUUCCCCCUCUCCUGGGAGAGAGAAGAGAGGAAAACUGGGCUGUAACUGCUGGACUGGGACAGCCACCAGCACUCUGUCCCCUGUUUGAAUCCUUGGGUACAGAGGGGUUGUGCUGUGGUCUGAGAAAUGCUGCUGGAGGCUGAGUGCUGUCAGU